GUGUUACGGAGUGCGCUUCAAAACAGUUUUGCCCAAACGUCAAGUUCCUAGUGUGUCGCCGACUAUCUAAUCGCUCCCAGUGCAAGCGUGUAUUUUAUUGGAAAAACUUCAAGUGAGCAAUUGAUGCGCUAAAGUCUCUUGUUUUUGUGCUGAUAACUCUUAAAAAGCCGUCGGGUUGUUGUCGUUUGCAAAUUAUGUGUCGAUGGUGUGGAAAAUUCGCAAACAAAAUUGAUGUGAAAAAAUAUUAAAAGAAAAAAAUUAUAUUUUUAACAGUGUGAAAUCUUAAGCAAACAAAUAGAACUUUGAAAUUGAAAAUUAUAAAAAAACAAUUGAACAACAAACAGCUAACAAGCAAGCACACAUACAAACCUAUAUACAUAUAUUGAAGAAGAGGAAGAGUAAAAGUUGAAGGAUGUGUUUAAAUGAAACGUUGUUUGGCGAUAUAAGGAACUGAAGUAGAAGAUUUAAUAUAAUUUAACACAAUAACAACCAACAACGGCAUUGCACUUUCGCAUACUACUCACACUUUUCUUCGCAACGCCGCAAUUACGAGUCUCCCAGCCGCAGCAAAGCCGCUUUGAAGAACUCCUUGAAGUUAUAAAAGAAAAUCAAAAACAUAAAAUGGUGCUGGUAUUGAACGGAGUCUUGCAGGACGAUUGUCCUAUGGACACAAACAGUCUCUUCCUGCAACACCCUGUUUACAGAGAUUAUGCCCAACAAUUACUAUCCAUACCCACAAAAUCGGUGGGCCCGGUGGGGCUACUCUAUGUGGGCCAACGUGAAAUGGCCGCUGCAGCGCCGCACGACAAGAACAUCAACAUUAUUGGCGCCGACGAUGCCACAACAUGCAUUAUAGUUGUGGUCAGACAUUCAGGUUCAGGCGCUGUGGCUUUGGCGCACUUUGAUGGCACUGGUGUGGAUGAGGCUGUUUGCACAAUGGUCGCACGCGUUCAAGAGUUGGCCUUAGGUUAUCCGGAGGGACGUAUUGAGUUGCAAUUAAUUGGUGGCUACCGAGAUCCGCAAGGAUACGGCGAGGAUGUAUUCUAUAGCAUAAUGCAAUCAUUCCACAAGCAUCAUCUCGAGAUCGAUCUAACUCAAGCCUGCGUCGGUGAGUUGAACACUAUACCGCGCGGCGAUAUCAACUACCCUAUCAUUUAUGGUGUUGGCGUUAACAUAAAAACCGGGGAAAUAUUCCCUGCCACAUUCCCGGACAGAGGACCUGAUAGGCAGUUGCGUGAUGCACGAAAUUUUAUGGGUGCGCAAACGGUCUUGGACAUUUACGACUCAUCGCUUGGCAUGUUGCGCAUCGGCCCCUUCAAUUAUGAUCCAUUACGUGGUGCUGAUUUGUGGCUCUCACAGACAGAUGAAUUCUUGUUGCAGCAUCUAUCGACGAGUCCGGAUGUCGAACCGCCGCACUUCACAAUGCAGAUACGCGCAACUAUAAAAUUCAUACAGGAUAAUCAAUUCCCCGCAAUUACCGUUUUCCGGGACAAUCGACCACGCUACUAUCGGCGCGACGAGACUACGGGCUGCUGGACUUUGGUUGAUGAUUGAGGCAUAACAACUGUAAAUCAACUUUUUUAGCCACGUAGGCGCAUAUAUUAACAAGCCUUGAAGAAAUUUUAAAAACUAAAAAAAAAUGUUUUAAUCAAAUUUAUUGAAAUUAGUAAAAUAUUUUAUGAGAUAUGUAUAUGACAUGUAGUAAGUAAAAACAAGAAUAUAGACAUACAAGUAAAUUCAUACAUUUAAAAAGUUGAAAGCGUAAACUUGCUCGAGAAUUUAUUGCAAUUUAUCUUUAUUAAUAAAUAUUAUUUAUGCGUUCAACGUAAGCAUUUAAUUAUUUAAGGUUUGUGCACAUUACCACAAUUAAAUAAAAUGAAUAUUAUAAUGAA